ACACAGCAGGGCCCAGGCCCCGAGGCUGAGGCACAGCCUGGCCGGAGCCGCAGGGAGGAUGAGCUCCAGCUGACGGCUCUGGGGGCACCGAGGCGUCCCCGCACACCCCUGCGGCAUGGCUCUGCUCAUCGCCUGGGCUUGGGUGGUCGUGAGCGUGGGGAAGGCGCUGGGGGACCAGGGCGACGGGGCGGACCUCUACUCGGAAAACAUCACCCGGAUCCUCGACAAGUUGUUGGACGGCUACGACAACAGGCUCCGGCCGGGAUUUGGAGGCGCCGUGACCGAAGUGAAAACGGACAUCUACGUGACCAGCUUCGGGCCCGUGUCCGACGUGGAGAUGGAAUACACUAUGGAUGUCUUCUUUCGACAAACAUGGACUGAUGAGAGAUUGAAGUUUAGUGGGCCAACUGAAAUUUUGAGAUUGAACAAUUUAAUGGUCAGUAAAAUUUGGACACCAGACACAUUUUUUAGAAACGGAAAAAAAUCAAUUGCUCAUAAUAUGACAACUCCUAACAAACUUUUUAGAAUUAUGCAGAAUGGAACUAUUCUUUACACAAUGAGACUAACCAUUAAUGCUGAUUGUCCUAUGCGGUUGGUAAACUUCCCUAUGGAUGGACAUGCUUGUCCACUGAAGUUUGGAAGCUAUGCUUAUCCAAAAAGUGAAAUAAUUUAUACCUGGAAAAAAGGACCCCUGCAUUCUGUAGAAGUACCACAGGAGUCUUCCAGUCUUCUCCAGUAUGACCUCAUUGGACAAACUGUAUCUAGUGAAACAAUUAAAUCUAACACAGGUGAAUAUUCCCUUCAGCUGCUCUAUUUCCAUCUUCAAAGAAAAAUAGGCUACUAUCUCAUUCAGACAUACAUUCCAUGCAUCAUGACUGUAGUCCUGUCUCAAGUUGUGUUUUGGAUCAACAAAGAAUCUGUUCCAGCAAGAACCGUGGCUGGAAUCACUACAGUUCUAACAAUGACCACUCUCAGCAUCAGUGCACGUCAUUCUUUGCCCAAGGUGUCCUAUGCCACUGCCAUGGAUUGGUUCAUCGCUGUGUGUUUUGCCUUUGUUUUCUCUGCACUUAUUGAGUUUGCAGCUGUCAACUACUUCACCAACCUUCAGACUCAGAGAGCAAUGAGGAAGGCAGCCAGGGCAGCAGCACUGGCAGCAGCACUAUCAGCAGCAACUGUACCGGCAGAGGACGAGAUUGUCUCGCAUUCUGACUCCAACUCUAACCUGAAGAAGCGAGUAAACUCUGUAACAUGUCAGGCAGAUCAGUCUCCUGAACCCAGCAUAAUAUCAAACAGUGCAUCCCAGUGCCAACCCUUGUCUGUUCCUCCACCAGCCCCACCACAACCACCAGCUAUUGGAGGCGCAAGUAAAAUAGACCAGUAUUCCAGAAUCCUCUUUCCAGUGGCAUUUGCAGGAUUCAACCUGGUGUACUGGGUUGUUUAUCUUUCAAAAGACACCAUGGAAUUUUUUGAACCUUCUGCAAUGCAUUUUCGAAAUGACCCUCAGUCCAACUGAAGAACUCAAGACUUCAAGGAAAUCCCUUGAGGCCACAUAGGGCUGAAGAGAUGUUUAAAGGAUUUGUCUGUCUGUCCACAGGUGCUUUCUGUUUUCAAACAGGGAAUAUUUCUAUUGGACAUCACCUGGAUGCAAACUCUGGACAAAUCAAGAGCUGUUUAGUGUUCCAGCAAUACUUUCUUAAGAUUUCUUAUAGUGAUUCUACUAUAGAAGUUCUGCUUAAAUUAUUUGGUUUGAUUGUCAAAAGAAAGAACAUGAAUUUGUUCUAAAACUGUUGCAAACAACUGAACGAUUAUAUCGACAUAAAAUAUCAAUAAAAGGAUUUUUAAAAAAAAUAUAGAAUAAGGAUUGCUAAAAGCAGCCUGAUUCUGAAAUGAUUGGCAGUUGCACUGAUUUCCAUCACUUGAUAGUGACCCAAAAUACUGUUGGAAAGAAAUCCCAUGAAAAGGAGCUGCAGUUCCAUAAUGUUUUAAUCUUUUGAUAUAAAAUAUUAAUGAUUAUUUAUUUUUAUUUCAUUUUAAUUUUUAAUUUGAGAUCAUAUUUAUAAAGAAUGAGAUCUAAGAAAAAAAGGAAACAUGAGCUAUUUUUUGUGUGCUUCAGCUGAUCAGCUGCCAUGGUGUGGCUGUUUCUGUUGUGAGUGACCGCGGCAGCAGAGCCAGACUAAUAACAAGCAAUUUCUCAGCAGGAUCUGAAAAUGCAGGACUGAGAUGUCAGGGAGUUUUCAAGGUCUAAAGCUGAAUAGACAGAAAGAUGCAGCUACCCAUCAAGCUAAAUACAGGCCUCCAGCUCCAGGGAACUUCCAGGAAGCAGGUACUGAUAGCUAGUUAAGGAACCAGCUGCAUUUUAUCAGCUGAUUCUACUGAAUUGCCUGUAGCAAGCUCCCUAGACAUUUUUUCCAGACCCAAAGUAGUGUCAGCAUAUUCAGAGUUUAAAGGUAAUAAUAGUUUGUCAUUCUCAACACAAACAACCACAGAAUUUCUUCAUUCACCCUUCAUCUCCAUAAUCCUUCUUUAAAUAUGAUCAGGAAACCUGUGCCUAAUCCAGUCAAACCCACGCCAGUUUUAUUGCAGGUGUAAUGGACAUUGGUAGGAGUCAGAAGCACACAAAGAAGUUUUAGCCAAAAAAAAAUUAGGGAUUUUGUCCUAUUUUGAAAUUAAUUCUAGUAAAAUAAAAUAAUAAAUAACACAUGGAUUCAGGAUAUUCAGAGUCUUUUGCUUUGUCUAAAAAAAAUCUUAAUCCCUGCGAAAAAAUCUUAAUUCCAGUAAGUC